AUGGCGAGUUCGGAUCCAAAUCCUACCAAAGAGAGACCCUCUUUUACCCAAUUUCUGAAAAAGACAAAGCAAAAGGGAGCCGCUUGUGAAGGACCCGAAUGUGUUGUUGCUACUACGCCGCAGCGGAGGGGGCGGAAGAGCAAUGUUAGAGCGAGUGAAAGCAGUGAGUCGCCAGAGAACAGCAGCGAGGCAUCACCGCAGAAGCCGCGCAAGUCUCUCACCGCUACUGAAAAGGCAAAGCUUCGUCGCACCCAAGUACGAAGAGCUCAGAUCCAACACCGCCAACGCAAGGCAGAGUACCAGCAGCAGCUCGAGCUCGAUAUCACUCACUUCCGUGAACUCAUCGCCUUGACCGAGUUUGAAUCGGAACAGUUCAAAAAAGAUAACAUUUCUAUCAGAGCGCUCCUCGCUAGCCAGGGUAUCGUGGUCCCAAAAUGCAACUCAGCUGGUUGCUCCGUACGCCCUGCCGUCGCCAAGGAUGUUGUUGCUAGCCGUGAUGAUGCUUGGGUAGAUGAGACCCUAGGUGUGAAGCCCACGGAAGACCAGAACGUGCCCCAAUAUGACCAGGACGGUGGCGAGCUGUUUGCCAACGUCAACGUCGACGAUAUUAUUGUCACUCUCAAAAAGGAUGAUUCAAUGGUGACACCUGCCUUCAGUAUCCGAUCCAAUGAGUCGAGUAGCAACACGACAAGCCCUCCUCCACCUCUGCCAGAUCUCAACCUAACCCCAGAUGAAGAACAAAAAGCCGUGAACUUCAUCCUCUCCCUUGAACAUAUCUGCUGGGAUCACUUCUUUGUCGGUGAUUACCCUUCGCACUCUCACCUCUCCAACGACGAGCCAAAGGGCCAUACCCUUAUGGCCUCUUCCCUGUGUAUGGCCAACGCGCCCCUGGACGUCUUCGGUGACCGCAGACUCGUCUCAUCCGCAACAUCUUGCCACAACCGCCGUACUCUUGGUCUAGAUCCUUACGUACCACCCGUCUACCUAGAGUGGCCAUCACCUCGGAUAUCACUCUCUUCUCUCUACGGUUUGGCCCAAAGUCUUAACCCUGGAGACCUAGAAAUCACGCCCGUCCAGGCCUGGUUCGAGCUUUCCACCCGCUUCGACAAGAGUUUACUGUUGGAAAGAUUAGACCUAUUAGGCACGGAACUCAUGGGCGUUUCUAAAUGUCUUGAGUUCGGAGCUGUUAUGGAGAGAGAUUCUUUUGAGAGCGUUGUGGCAAGAGUGUAUGGAGGUACAUUGGAGGAGGCUAUGGCUUCUGCGCUCUUACUCGACCAACCGACUAACGUUUGCAAUAUUGCUUCGGGGGGUGCACGGGGUAGUUGCUUUACGACCCCAGCAAGUUUCGUGGGAUAUGCUCAAAGCCGAUGUGCGUAA